GUAGGAAGUUACAACCAGAAGCAGAACAAGGGAGAUGGUUGGGGUUAUAGAAAGAAGAAAUUCUCAUACACAGCCCACACUGACACAGCACAGAUAGCAGCAAAGAUCCAGCUAUAGGGAGUCUGGAGAUGAUGAGACUCGGAUAGUACCAGACGAGAUUAAAAAAUAUUCAUUGAAAUUCUACUCUGUUCCUAAUGGACGACUCCCAGAAACCACUACUUGGAGAUGGGCCUAAAUCUCACUAUCAGACAGUGGGGAAAGCCUUGCGGGAAGAAGAGAAGAAAUAUGUACGGACACUAAAGAACAAGAAGAUGUUCCUGGCAGCCUUUUCUGCCGUCCUCGGAAACUUCACCUUCGGAUACGCCUUGGUGUACACUUCUCCCGUGAUUCCAGCCUUAGAAAAAGAUGACCAGGGUCUGCACAUUAGUCCAGAAGAGAUAUCAUGGUUUGGGGCAGUGUUUGCCCUGGGUGCCUGCGCAGGGGGCGUAAGCUCCAUGGUACUGAAUGACCGCCUUGGACGCAAACUGAGCAUCAUGUUCUCAGCUGUUCCCUCAUCCUUGGGUUUUCUACUCAUGGGCAGUGCCCAACACAUCUCCAUGUUACUGUUGGGACGGAUCCUUACAGGUUUUGCAGGGGGUAUGACUUCCUCUUCUAUACCGGUGUAUAUUUCUGAAAUUUCUCAUUCUGGAGUCAGAGGAGGUUUGGGUGCUUGUCCCCAGAUCAUGGCUGUUUGUGGCUCCCUUGUACUUUAUGCUCUAGGUCUUCUCCUGCCUUGGCGUUGGCUUGCUGUUAUUGGAGAGGUACCCGUAAUCACUAUGCUCCUCCUCCUGUGCUUCAUGCCCGACUCCCCACGCUUCCUAAUAUCGAAGGGCAAGGACGAAAAGGCGCUCAAGGCUUUGGCCUGGCUUCGGGGGGUCAACACAGAGUAUCAAGGAGAAUAUGAAAGAAUCAAAAGCAACGUUCUGAAGAAGAGCUCCACUCUCUCAUGGACAGAACUUUCCAAUCCAUAUUACUACAAGCCCAUCCUGAUCGCCGUCUUCAUGAGGUUUCUCCAGCAGAUGUCUGGUGUCAGCCCCAUCUUGAUUUACCUAGAGACGAUCUUCAACAGGACUAAAGUGAUACUAAGAGGCGGUUACGACGCAGCCCUAGUUGGCGCCGUGCGAUUACUUUCCGUCAUCAUUUCAGCCUCGGUUAUGGACAAAGCCGGAAGGAAAAUCCUCCUCUUCAUAUCAAGUAUCUUAAUGUUUGCCUCCUCCCUAUCCAUGGGGUUGUACAUACAUUUCACCGUUGACGGGAGUCACAAUUCGACCAAUCUGACCACGAUUACGAACAGUUCUGCCGACGCCUCGGAGCCAAUUAAUUAUAUCCAACUCAUUCCCCUCGUUUGCAUCAUGCUGUAUAUCAUAGGAUACGCCUUUGGUUGGGGACCUAUCACCUGGCUGCUCAUGUCUGAGAUCCUACCCCUAAAAUCCAGAGGAGUGGCAUCGGGCCUCUGCGUAUUGGUCAGCUGGAUAACUGGCUUUAUCCUCACCGAAGCCUUCAUCCCAGCAGUGAACGCCUUGUCCCUCGAGACGCCAUUUUUCUUUUUUACCGUUGUCUGCGUCGGCGCAUUGUUCUUCACCUACUUCUUUGUCCCCGAGACCAAAGGGCGCUCCUUGGAACAAAUCGAGGCCUACUUCCGGACUGGCCGCCGCUCAUUUAUGAAGUAACGGGGGCUUUUUGUUUUCUUUUUAUUUUCUCCGUUGCGAAGGACUUUACCGGAAGGAACAGCACCAACAGUCCUAGAGGUUGAAUGAUUGGCAAACACAGGCACCAUUCUACUGCUCUGGUUCCAUCCACACACUCUUGUUUCAGUACAACAGUCCAUUCCUGCUUUACGGCACAACGUUCCUCACCGUGCUCCAUUGCCCCCCUGCCUAUGAGACUAGAACCAGACUGGCAAUCUGUGGGUUCCGGCAAAUACCAGAGGGGCUGCUGUAAGGUGCCAUAGUCACUAUUUAUUGGGCCUGUUGGGGGCGCUGUUUGUAAUGCCAGGGCCUAUUUUGAAGCCCAGUCUGGGCCUGGCCACGCCCAGCAGCAGGAUGAGUUCCAAUCUCCCAAGGCUUUCAACUGACAGUAGAGGAUCAGCGGCCAACUCCCAGGGUCUGAACAGUAAAUAUAUAUAGUGAGUAAUGUACAACCUGCUGUAAAAUAAAGGGAGGAGUUUCAUGACCAUAUAAAUACAGGGAGGAGUUUUAAGAUUAUAUAAAUAAAGGGAGGAGUUUCAUGACCAUA